CACACUCACUCUCACACACACACUCACACACACAUAAUUCACUCAUUUGAUGUCCUGGUUUUGUCGUCAGGAUCUGAAGGGUGUCGUGUGUCAAUCACUCUCAAGCCCCGCCCAUCAUGACGGAGGUCAGCGUGGUGAAGGAAGGCUGGCUCCAUAAACGAGGUGAGUACAUAAAGACGUGGAGGCCGCGCUACUUCGUCCUGAAGAGUGACGGAUCCUUCAUCGGAUAUAAGGAGAAGCCGGAGCCUUCGGUGGAGCAGAGCUCACCACUCAAUAACUUCUCAGUGGAAGAGUGUCAGCUGAUGAAGACGGAGCGCCCGCGGCCGAACACCUUCAUGAUCCGGUGCCUUCAGUGGACGAGCGUCAUCGAGAGGACCUUCCAUGUGGAGCGCAGCGAGGAGAGGUGUGUGUGUAU